UUAUCAGUAUGGAUUUGCGGCCGAACAAAAUAACAUUAUUUGGGACCGCAUCAAAAACAUGGACGCCAGUGAGCCAGACAUCAAGUUUUUCAACUCGAAACCUGGUAACAGCAGUCAGAAUGUAGAGCCCACUGUUGAGGAGCCCAGUCCACAUCGAAGGAUGCCACAGUAUUCCCCGGAGUCUUUAUAUUACGACAUGUCCGGUGAAAAGUACCUUCUCAUUUUCAACCAUUUCAAGUACCAGUGCACUAGAUAUUUCAGAUUUAAGACCCCCAAACCCCGCAACGGUACCGACCAAGACGUGAAAGUUUUAAAGGGUCUAUUCAGCAGCCUAGGGUUCAAAGUUCUCACUUAUAACGACUACACACACGAUCAAAUUAUUAGGACUAUUGGUACAAUUUCCAAGCAAGAUCAUAGCUUGACGUCAUGCCUGGCCGUGGCCAUCAUGACUCAUGGCGACAAGAACGGGGAGCUGUUCGCAGCAGACAGGCCCUACCAGCUGAAAGAUAUCACCAACAUGUUCGAAGGUGGAGACGCUUCACUCGUCAACAAGCCUAAAAUUUUCUUCAUUCAGGCAUGUCGAGGGGAAUUGGCGGAUCCUGGCAGAACGAUCCAGUUCGAUGGAGACGAAGAUAACACACUCCAUGUGCCUACACACAUUGAUUUCCUUGUGGCGUGUUCCACGGUAGAAGAUCACAUAUCUUGGCGAGACAUCGGCGGCUCUUGGUUCUUCCAAGAACUUUGCGAGGUGAUAAGGACCCACCACGAGCAGAUGGAUCUUCUUCACAUGCUCACCCUGGUCACCAGGAAUGUGGCGUUAGGUCAUUCGUCAAACGUGCCAAAAGACGCUAAGUUUGACAAGAAGAAACAGACACCGGAGACGAGAUUUACUUUGACAAAGCUAUUGCGAUUUAGCACUUAUUAGCAUAGUUUAAAAGAAAAAGGGAAGACAAAAUACAUAACAUAACAUACAUCAGAAAAUUACGUACUAGUACAGUCAGCGUCAAAUAGUUCAUGGCCGAAGAGGUCCAAAGUGGCCAAAAAGUUGAUAACACAGCCUUAUUCUUAUUUAAAUGAAAUCAAAUCAAAAAUAUUUUAUUCAAUUUAGACCACAGGUGGCACUUAUGAACGUCAAAAUAUCUAUAUCUAUACUAAUAUUAUAAAUGCGAAAGUAAUUCUGUCUGUCUGCCUGUCUCUCUUUCACGCCUAAACCACUGAACCGAUUUUGAUGAAAUUUGGCAUAGAGAUAAUUUGAGUCCCGGGAAAGGACAUAGGAUAGUUUUUAUCCCGGUUUUUGAAACAGGAACGCGCGUGUUAAAGUUUUUCUGUGACAGACAAAAUUACACGCGGGCGAAGCCGCGAGCGGAAAGCUAGUGGUAGUAAAUAAAAAAAAGGUAGCCCUUAUCAUAUGGGGCACUUUACAUGUCGCCUUAUCUUUUGGGCCCUAUCAUUUAUUGUAACGAAGCUGCGAAGACGUGUUGCGAAAUUUUGGGCUACUUUGGGUGUCCAUCUAUGUAUUUGAUGUUGACUGCACAGUCAAAGAUAAGAUUUAGUUGCAGACUACCUAAUUGUAACAUUUUAUAAAACUAAAAAAAAAAUAUUAAAAUUUUAACUGAAUAUUUUUUUUUGAAAUGCACUGCAGAUUUUUUUACACUUUAAUUAACUGUAGAAACGUGUGACGAGUGACAUUAUGACGUGAUAUUCUCCAACCCUUGAUAUGGGAUUAAAAGUCGUGUCACAUUCUUUCGUAACUCCCGUUACGUCAGGCUUCUUUAGACCCAGAGUCUACUGAGAAGGGCGAUUUUAGUCGGUUGCUGCAGCUAUAAUAUUAUUAUGUUUUUUAACUUAUUAUUAACUGUAUACAGGUGUCCCAAAAAGAGCGUGCGAAACUUAAGAAGAUGAUAGACUACCAUAUUCUAUACAAAAUGUCUAGAAUGUUUGCUCAAUGUUGAUUUAAUCGAUUUCCUCAUAAUGGGAACAUGUAAGACAAAAAUUAAAAUUUCUAAUAUUACAGACUUCUAGAACAGAUGCCUCGAAAACUAUACUAGAUAUAGAAAAACUUGACAUGUCACCGGUAGCAAAUUUAAUAAGCUUUCUUUUUGGUUCAUAACAGUCAUGUCACUAGGACGUAUAGUUUCCGAGGAUUAAGCUAAAAACUGAAAAAUAGUACAUUUAAACCCCCCUCUCCCCACGGACUCAAGGGCUAAGGGCGGGAACCGGGGACUUUUGCUAUGUUUACCUCCUAACUAGUCUAAAUAAAGUCCCGAGGUCAGAAAUUGUGUUCCGCGCAUUUCCCUAUUUAUUGACUGGACUAUGUGUGAACCAGGAACAGUGUAAACUUGAUGGUUUUUUUAAAUGACAUUUUUAUUUUAAAUGAGACAGCAAAUAAGGAAAUAAAAUCCAUCUAACAACUUGCCAGUGUUGCCAGUCAGUACUGAAUAAUGCGGUUGAACAAUGAGCUUGGAUUAUGGUCAAAGUGGCGCAAAAUAAUGUUUUUAUAAUAAACAUUAUUCUUUAAAAUGAUCAUCAUUUUAGCCACAGGACGUCCACGGAUGAACUUAUGGCUCACCCAAUGAUUAUUAUAAUUUACUACAUAAUAUUGUCCGGUUGGUAGGUUUUAUAAGUUCUUUAAUAAGGACGACAAAUUAAAAACUUAGUAUUAAUUGUGACAUAGAUAAUAUGUUUAUCAGUAUACCUACUGUAUAAUCAGAAUUGUAUUAUUUUUAAUUUAUUAAAAACUAAAUUGUAUUACGAAUAAUUGUAACUUAUUUCAAAAUUAAAUAAGUGGGUGUUU